AGGAGGCGGAGGUUGCAGUGAGCCGAGAUCAUGCCACUGCACCCCAGCCUGGGUGACAGAGCAAGACUCCUUCUCAAAAAACAAAAAGAAAGAAAGACCUGGGGAUGAUGUGCCUCUUCCUCUAUCGUAACUUAGGGCACAGAGAAGGAAGUUCUCGGGACAGAUUGCGGAAGUGAAUUUGACUGACCUCAUUUUCCGCUGAGACUUCCUGUUCUCCAGUAAUUGCUUGGUGGGGCAAGAGGCUUCAGUUCCAAGUCAGCAAAUGGGAUCUGAGUCAUGAUGUAUAUGCCUGGAAGCUCCGACCCCAGGAGGAACCAGCCCAUCAACCUGAACCAUUACGCCACCAAGAAGAGCGUGGCGGAAAGCAUGCUGGACGUGGCCCUGUUCAUGUCCAACGCCAUGCGGCUGAAGGCAGUGCUGGAGCAGGGACCAUCCUCUCACUACUACAUCACCCUGGUCACCCUCCUCAGCCUCUCUCUGCUCCUGCAGGUGGCCAUCGGCGUCCUGCUCGUGGUCAUCGCACGGCUGAACCUGAAUGAGGUAGAAAAGCAGUGGCGACUCAACCAGCUCAACAACGCGGCCACCGUCUUGGUCUUCUUCACCGUGGUCGUCAAUGUUUUCAUUACAGCCUUUGGGGCACACAAGACAGGCUUCCUGACUGCCAGGGCCUCAAGAAAUCCUCUCUGAAUACAGCCUGGGACCCAGGUACUGGGCCUGGAACUCCUACCUCCUACCUCCUUCCUCCGUGAUCUGCCAGGCUCAUGGGCACUUUCCACAGCCCAGGAGAGCUUCUGAAAGGACGGUAUAGCUGCCCUUGCUCCCUACCCACAGCACCUGAGUUAAAAAGUGAUUUUUUUGUGAUUGGUCUGAGGGACUUCCAUCUUGGUCUGGAGUCCUGAGCUCAGAUGCAGGUACUGCCAGCCAUACCUCCCUGGUAGCAAUUCCUGGACCUAAGGCAUGUCUGUUGAAGGCCAAGUCUGCCCAGCUUAAGGACUCUGGUUCUGACUCUACCCUACUGCUUCCUUCUGCUCCAGGCCUCAGUUUUCCCUUUCUGUAAAAUGGAAUCUAUAUCUAUAAAGGUUUCUUCAAAUCCA